CCCCUGGAAAUAGGUGAGAUAAAGGAAAGAUAAACAAUUUACCAACUGUAUAAGGGCACAGGGCAGGGCACAGGGCAAGACCCAGAAGCAGACACAGGUGGACUAGCAAAAGAGAGAUACGAAACGGCAGGUGCACAGAAAACCACACUGGUUGACUUGAUAAGACAAGACAAACUGGCAACAGACAACCAGGGAACACCGGAAUAAAUACCCAGGGACUAAUGGCGAAAACGGGUGACACCUGGAGAAACCAUCAUUUGCAUUUGCCAAUAACCAGCAUUUGCUAAUAUCAUAACUGGAGCUGGACAUCUGACUGAGGCUAGCGUUUGUAUGCUGGAGUACACGCCAUAACAGUUUUACUGGAUGAAAACACAUUCCUCUGCUUCCUUCUCCUUGCGCCAGAUGGGCAGACUUUGCAGUGACUCCGUGUGCAACUACCUUGAGCAGCAGUUUGAGGGACUUUGCAGGGUAAAUCCUGCGCAGUGAUUGUCUGCAGCAGGACGACCCCCAGUGAACGGGCGCCAAGGGGUGUGGUGCUCCUCCAGCAGCUCUCUCAUUAGGAUUUCUCUGUACUUUUGGUUCCAGUCCUUUUGUGACCUGUUUGAUGCCCAGGAACACAAGCAGCAAGCAACUCACCUUUGUGCCCAUGAGGUUUGGCAAUGCAUGUGUGACGCAGAAGCCUGUCAUUUAAAAGACAGUACAAUCAUUCAAGCUUACACACAUCCACCCAUGACAGUUAUCAUCUGUUGAGACUAUUUUGUUAUCCCGACCCAGAGACCCUGGAGACAGGGCCACAGGAAUGCAGGGAAGGAGAAAGGAGGCAUCCUGGCACUGCAAGUGAAAGAGAAGGAUGUUCCCCACUCGAGCUGUGGCUCAGUUCAAGAAAUACAAGUGUCCUCGCAUGAAAAGCCACCGGAUGGCGCAGAUGGGAGAGAAGUACUACCAAGCCAAGGACUACACCAAAUGGGAUCUGGUGUGUGACAAUGCAUGGAAAACCCCUUUCACCGUCACAAUAUUCUUUUUUGGAGUGCUGUCCGGGUCUUUUUUGUCUGGGAUCAUCUCCGAUAGGUAUGGGAGGAGGUUCAUUUUCUUUGCUACUUUGGCACUCCAGACCGUAUUCAGUAUACUCCAGGCUGCUGCCAACAGCUGGGAGUUGUUCUGUGCCUUAUACUUUAUCGUUGGGAUGGGACAAAUUGCCAAUUACUGUGCUGCUUUCAUACUUGGUUCUGAGCUUCUUAUCAGAAAUGUACGCAUCAACUUUGCCUCACUGGGGGUCUCUAUGUGCUAUGCAAUCGGAUACACCGCUCUGCCAAUGUUUGCCUGGUUCAUCCGUAGCUGGAGGAUUCUGCUGAUAGCCCUGUCUAUACCUGGAUUUCUUUAUAUCCCACUUUGGUGGUAUAUCCCUGAGUCUCCUCGGUGGCUGUUGUCUCAGGGCAGGGUAAAGGAGGCAGAGGACAUCAUACGAGCUGCAGCAAGAAAGAACGGCAUCACUCCUCCAGACGUCAUAUUCAAACCGGAAGACUGUGAACAACUCAUGGAAAACAAGGAAAGUCAGCGACUGUACACAUGGCUGGAUCUCAUCAAAACAACUAACAUAAGGAACAUCACACUCAUCAGCAUUAUUAUUUGGAUUGUCAUAUCCAUGACUUACUAUGGGAUGUCCCUAAACACCCCCAACAUGGAUGGAGACCCUUAUUUCAACUGUUUGGUGGCUGCAUCCUCAGAAUUUCUGGGUUAUGGAAGUAUCUGGUUAUUUAUACGCUACACUCCACGGAGAUUCACUCUUCCCUUCACCAUGAUCCUCUCUGGGACCCUGCUUCUGAUCAUCAAGUUUAUCCCUCAAGACAUGCACGCCCUGUCUCUCACCCUGGUGAUGAUUGGAAAAACAGGUGUCACUGGAGCGUUUGGAUUCCUCUAUCUGUACGGCACAGAACUCUUCCCCACAGUCGUGCGCAAUAUGGCCUUGGGUGCCACCUCCAUGGCUUCCAGAGUAGGUAGCACUGUGUCUCCAUACAUCGCCUACAUGGGCACGUAUAACAAGAUACUACCCUACAUUCUAAUGGGAGGCACCACAGUCAUCGCUGGUGUGUUGAGCUUGUUGCUACCAGAAACAAAAGGAGAACAACUACCAGAAUUCAUCAACCAGGUUAAACCCCUCAGAUGCAUGGGCACAAACCGGGCUUCUCGGGAUGGCCAGAGGCAGAAAGGAAACGCACAGGUGGGGAAUAAAGUCAACAACAUCCAAGAGUGAUUCUGCACGAGCAACUCAGUACAAAGCAAGUUGCAAAGACAAGCUGUAUUGAAGAUGUUUCCAUAAUUGUGUGUGUUGCUUAGUUUUAAUGUCUUUUUAAAUGUACUAAUAAGUUGAGAAUGUUUUAAAUAUUAUUGUAAUGAUUUAUUUGUGUACUGAAGUGCUUCGGAACACAACAGAUGACCAUGAGGAAUUUCAGUCUGGUAUAGUCAUUGAUUAAAACCGCAUUUUCUGCGACUGAAAAGAGCCUCCAUAAUAAACUCAAAC